AUGGCGGCGUGUGCUGCUUCACCGACCUGUCCCGCGUGCCGCCCGGCGCCUGGCUGCUACACCCGCAGAUGGCGCUCAUUACAUUACUAUGGCGUCGUGUGGUGCGUCACCGACCUGUCCCGCGUGCCGCCCGGCGCCUGGCUGCUACACCCGCAGACGGGACGCCCCCUAUCCAACCCCGACGGAAGCGUGUACAGAUAUGACCCAAACAACCCGCCCGUACUGGACGAGACCUACCACCUUGAAGAUGACCAGAUCAACCAAAACGACAAAAAAAGAGGCAAGCUGGAGAAACAGGACUCCUUUAUAGAUCACGGAGAGUGCGACUGCCCACCGCCGGAAGAGACCCGCAACAAAUGUUGCUGCGAGUGCCGCCAACACGACGCCUGUCAAAGGGACGCUGAUAAGCAUACGUCAGACGAAAAGCAAGAGCCCCUGAGCCCAUGCAAGAAUAACUACGAGUCAAACAACCAAGAUUCAGAAAAAGACAUACAAAAGUCAGCUGAGAACAAUUUUGAAUGUGACACACAAUAUUCGCCCCAAUUGGCGUACGAGAGCUAUGAAAGUUAUGAGCAGCCUGAAACGGUGGCCGAUCAGGGGGCACAAUAUGAUACGCUGGCCGAUCAGAAUCAAGCUUACGAGGCGGUGGCCAAUCAGAGCGGGCAGCAGUUUAACUCAGCUAGUCCGAGAACGCAGCAAUUUGACCCGAACAAUCAGAAAACGCAGCAGUUUGACGCAAACAGUCAGAGAACGCAGCAAUUUGACACAAACAAUCAGAAAACUAAGCAUUUUGACACAACUAGUCAGAGAACGCAGCAAUUUGACUCAAUUAAUCAGAUAGCUCACCAGUAUGACCCAACCAAUCAGAAAGUGCAUCAGUUUGACCCUAACAAUCAGGCAGCUCAGCAGUUUGACCCGGCCACUCAGAGAACGCACCAGUUUGACCAAAACAAUCAGAGAACGCAGCAAUUUGACCCAAAUAAUCAGAUAUCACAGCAGUUUGACACAAACCUUAAAAGAACCCAGCCAUAUGAGCUGACCAGUCAGAGAACGCCUCAGUUUGAGUCCACCAAUCAGAGAACGCCGCAGUUUGAGCCGGCCAGUCAGAGAACGCCACAGUUUGAGCCAGCGAAUCAGUUGGCUCAGAGUGUAGAAGCGAAAGCCAAUGAAGACAGCCACGAGAUUCAGUAUAACCAGUACGCAGUCAGAACUGAUGAGGUAACGUCGCCGCCUGAAAGCCAACAGUGCCAGCCGACGGAGUUGGCUCUCCAGAGCAUGGCGCAAGCGAAAGCCACGCCCGUGCCUAUACCAGACCCAUACUUAAGGCCGAUGUCAAUCAACAAUGUGGUUUACCCUACGAUGCAUCAGGGGUACCCAUAUAUCAACCAAUGUCGCAUUGAGCCGACGAUGCCGGUGUAUCAGCAAGUGCUGGGUCCGCCGGAAGACGCCAAGCAGAUGACGUCACCGCCCCACCAAGAGCCUACCUUCAGAAUCGAUCCCAGUUACCCGUACGCAGCGGUUGAUUACGCGGCGCAGUGCGGCGCGUGCGUCGAUCCCAACGCUAUGAGAAGCUACAACCUACCGUACGGGCAAAUGGAGAUCCCUCAAGCGGUAUUACCGCCUGCCUACCCGGUAGGCAACGUCAUCAUACCGCAGCCACACAUACAGUACCCGGUGAGUUGUGGUAAGGUUCAAGAUGUGUUGGUCCCGCAAGCGUUGCUCCCGCCUGCCUACCCUGUAGGCAACGUCAUCAUACCGCAGCCGCAUAUACAGUACCCGGUGAGUUGUAUUGUGGACCUUGAGGCUAGGUGGCUAGGUGGUAAGGUUCAAGAUGUGUUGGUCCCGCAAGCGUUGCUCCCGCCUGCCUACCCUGUAGGCAACGUCAUCAUACCGCAGCCGCAUAUACAGUACCCGGUGAGUUGUAUUGUGGACCUUGAGGCUAGGUGGCUAGGUGGUAAGGUUCAAGAUGUGUUGGUCCCGCAAGCGUUGCUCCCGCCUGCCUACCCUGUAGGCAACGUCAUCAUACCGCAGCCGCAUAUACAGUACCCGGUGAGUUGUAUUGUGGACCUUGAGGCUAGGUGGCUAGGGGAUAAGGUUCAAGAUGUGGUGAUCCCGCAAGCGGUAUUACCGCCUGCCUACCCUGUAGGCAACGUCAUCAUACCGCAGCCACACAUACAGUACCCGUACCAAGAGGCGGCGCAAUGGGCGGGCGGCCCGCUGGUGCCUCUGGGCGGGAAGCUGAUACUCCCGGAGCCCUACCCUGCGCUCUACCACCAGCUCUACCAGUGCGGCCUCGUCUACCCUCCGGUAAUGCCGGCUCCCAGUCCGGUGUGGGCCCCGGAGCCCCGGCCCGCGCCCCCGCCGCGUCCUCACUGCAGUCGCGCCUCACCCGCGAGACGUGACUCAGACGAGAUAGCGGUGAAGAUCCAGCAGAUCAAGGAACAGAUGGCCGAGCUGAAUACGAGGGAGAAGGAACGAGGCACUUAUAACAAGGUCGAAAGCACAUACAAAGGGCCGCCCCGGGAAGAGUGGCGCAAGAGAAACAACGGCAGCGGGAUAUUAGGCAACUACCCGCACGGCUUCCAGGGCCGAACUCGCUUUGAGGGGUAA